GUCGACUUUAAGUUUCUUACGCUCGAAUCGUCCUUACCACCUCUCAGGAAAUCGAUUCAUCUUAUCAAUCAGGACAGAAAUCCCGAGAAAACGCCGCUUCUGGGAUGUGACUCGUGGGACGAGUUCAUGUGACCAAGACCCCCAAAAGCUCUCAGCCGGCCGUCAAGGACAUCCGCUCCUUCUUCAAUAAAGAAUCAUCAUCUACUCCACGAUCCCAGAGAGCGCGACAUGAUGAAGUUAUAGAGAUUAGUGAUAAUGAAGCUCACCCGUCUCAGGCAGUGAAAAACUCAAAGGUGGCCCUGAACACUGAGCCGGUUCCGGCUCUCGAGUCCUCGCACCCUGUGCCGGAUAAGCCGCUAACUGCACGAAAAUCUGCUCCUGUGCCAGUCACCCCCAUGGAUAUUGGUAGUGACGAUGAACCGGUCACGAAGAAACGCUCCAACGCGACCGCACUCUUUUCGAGCGAGGAUGAAGAAACGCGACCUAGGAAGAAGGGUGUACCGGCCGUGCGCUCCAAGCCGAAGGCUCGUCUUCCUGAAGCUGCAGACACGUCCGUAAGCGACGAGGAGCAUUUCCCGGUUCCGAGACCAACUGCCCGAAAGCCAAGCGCGUUGCUCUUGUCCAGCGAAGAGGAAGAUGAGGUGCCUCCGAAAUCAAAGCCUAAACUGAGGGCGCCCGUCGCUAGCGGCAGCAAGUUCAAACGCCACUCAUCAAGAGUCCAAGACGAAGAGUUCAUUGUCUCAGACGAGGAGGACAGGGUCGGUCAUAAGAACGGCCCUGCAGUCAAAUCCAAGGCUACUCCCAAGGCUAGUUCUUCAGCAUCAAAGACAAAAGAGGUCGAAACUGGGAAACCUAAAUUCAACUGGGCUGCCGCCAAAGCUGCGAAAUCAGCAGGUCCUUCGGCACCAGGCUCGAAAACAGUACCGGACGGGUCACCAGACGCUCUGGCCGGACUUGCGUUCGUCUUUACCGGGGAGCUGAGCAGCUUCUCGCGUGACGAGGCCAAUGAUAUUGCAAAGCGAUAUGGCGGACGCGUUGUGGGUCAACCGUCGAGUAAGACAAACUAUGUCGUGUUGGGUGAUAAUGCUGGGCCCUCAAAGCUGGCCGCGAUCAAGAAGCACAGAUUGGCGACUUUGACGGAGGACGAGUUUUUGAAUCUGAUCGCGACGAGGAAAGGGACAGGAAAGUUGGAUGAUAAGACGAAAGCCAAGAUGGAGAAGGAAAAGCAGGCGAUCGAAGCUAGCGCGAAAGAGAUGGAGAAGCGCGAAAAGGUGGUCAAGAAGAAAGAAGGCCCGAGAGCAGUAGAUCCCUCGUCGCAGCUGUGGACUACUCGAUACGCACCGCAGAAUAUGAAGGAGAUAUGUGGGAAUAAGGCACAAAUCGAGAAGAUGCAGCAAUGGUUGAAGGAUUGGCCAAACAGCUUGAAGAGUGAAUUCCGGAAACCGGGCAAGAAUGGCAUGAAUAUAUUCCGCGCCAUCCUCAUCACCGGUCCACCGGGAAUUGGCAAGACGACUAGUGCACAUCUGGUGGCGAAACUGGAAGGUUUCACCCCCAUCGAACUGAACGCCAGUGAUACGCGAAGCAAGAAACUCGUCGAGAAUGGGAUGAACAUCAACAACAAGUCAUUGGACGGAUAUAUUGCCGGUGCCCGCGACAGCGACAACGUGCAGAUCACUGACAGGACGGUGCUCAUCAUGGACGAAGUGGAUGGUAUGUCUGCUGGGGACCGAGGCGGUGUUGGUGCCCUCAACUCGUUGAUCAAGAAGUCCAAGAUUCCUAUUAUCUGCAUUGCAAAUGACAGAGGAGCGCAGAAGCUCAAACCGCUCAUGUCUACGACUUUUAACAUGAGCUUUCAACGUCCUCAAGCAUCGAUGAUUCGGUCCAGGAUUAUGACCAUCACCUUCAAGGAGAAGCUUCAAAUCCCAGCCAACGUCGUCGAUCAGUUGGUCGCAGGAUCCCAGUCGGAUAUCCGUCAGAUCUUGAACAUGCUUUCAACGUGGAAACUGUCGAGUAACACAAUGUCCUUCGAUGAAGGCAAGACGUUAACAAAGAUGAACGAAAAGUACACGAUGAUGAGUCCUUUCGACAUCACUUCCAAGAUGCUGGGCCCGUACAUGUUCUCAGCAACGGCGCGCGAGAGUCUGGGGGACAAGAUGGAAUACUACUUCCAGGAUCAUUCAUUCAUGCCAUUGUUUAUCCAGGAAAACUACCUGAAAACAGAGCCUGCGCGACUGCGUAGCUGGGAUGGACCGAUGAAGCAGGUAAAAUGUCUUGAGCUGAUGGAUCGGGCGGCCUCAUCAAUAUCGGAUGGCGACCUCGUGGAUGCGUUGAUUCACGGACCAGAACAGCACUGGGCUCUGAUGCCGCUGCAUGCGGUCUGCUCGACCAUCCGUCCAACAUCUUUUAUGUAUGGGACAGGCGCUCAUUACGGAGGGCAGAACGGGUUGUCCUUCCCUCAAUGGCUAGGCCAGAAUUCCAAGCAGACGAAGCUGAACAGGCAACUCGGUGAGGUCCAGGUCCGGAUGCGACUCAAAGUAUCUGGGGACAAGAACGAAAUCCGGCAGUCGUAUAUCCCGGCAUUGCACCCACAUAUCGUUCAGCCGUUGGUUGAUACCGGAGCUAGUGCUGUCGAAGAAGUGAUCGAGCGGAUGGACGAGUACUAUCUGACGAAAGAGGACUGGGAUACGAUUGUCGAGCUCGGUGUUGACGAGAAGAAAGAUGACGCUGUACUCAAGAGGAUAUCCACUGCGACCAAGACUGCGCUGACGAGAAAGUACAACGCGUCGGACCACCCCAUUCCAUUUCACAAGGCUACUGAUCUGGGUAAAGCACCCAAGAAGCUUGGGGUCGGCCCGGCUCCUGACAUCGAAGACGCUUUUGAGGUCCGUUUCAUUCGCUCUGGUUUCACUCGUGUCAAAUCCCGUUUCUCAGAUGGAAGAUGAUGUUGCUGAGCCUUCAGAUAACGAGGAUAAUGGGGACGAUAUCUCCAAGGACAAGCUCAUCAAGGCACCCAAGAAAAAGAAGGCACUGGCGGGUGCUUCAAAAAUAGUCGCUCCGAAGCCUGGGCCGAAAGCCAAGACGAAGAAGUAGAGGUCUUUUAUCUCUCAUCCUAUCAUAGCAAUCAUUACGUAUCUUCCAUAUAAAUUAUGCUUGAUGUGAUUUCGAGACAUUCACGCUUGUCGCAGGCGGGAUAACCAGCCUUUGGCACUAUCAGCAAGGCCAAGGCCUUUCGUGUGUUAGUGUUUUAUAUUUGUGUUUGAUUUCUGCGAUUUUUA